AUGGCCGGAGCCAAAGCCCAUCCGCAUCUCUCGCCAGAAGAAAUGGCCGACUAUCAGCGGGAAAUUACCCGCAGCACCGAGACCCUAGGACGCUGCCUCGAGUUGCCGGGCAUGCAGCGGCUGAAUGCGCGCAUGGCUGCACAGCGCUCCGAGGCUCUGCAGCAUCUACGCAAAGCUCGCGGUAUCGAUACCAGCGCCUACAUGGGUCCGCGCGACAAGCCGGCCCUCGAGAAGUGGAAUGGCAUGAGCCACGAACGAUACGUGGGCCCGGGUGUUUCCAAGGAUCCCCAAGAUCUGUUCCACUUCAAGUGGUCCGACAAACCCGUGGCAAAACCCGCCGGGUGCAUCUUGACUCCGGAGUCCAUCUAUGGCCCCUAUUGGCAAGAGGAACAGCCGCAGCGCCAGGAUAUACGUGACGGCCGGAAGGGUGUCUACCUGCGUCUAGCUCUACAGGUCAUCGACCUCGACACCUGCAAGCCGCUUCGAGGCGCCCGCGUCGAUGCGUGGCAUACCAACGCCGAGGGUGCCUACAGCAGUAAGGCCGACUCGUGGCUCCGGGGCUGGCAGCCUACCUCAGAGUGGGGUACUGUGAGCUUCGACACCAUCUUCCCGGGACACUACUCCGGCCGUGCCACGCACGUCCACGUCACUGUUCGACAGCCCAAUGCGAAGAGCAUCGUUCACUCUGGCCAGAUCUACUUCGAUGAGUGGCCUCGUCGGUUGGUUGAGACGAAAGAUCCAUAUACCAAGAACAAAAACAAGCUAGUCCAUACCGUUGACGACGCUUGGGCACCUGAUGCAGCGUCUAGCAAAUACGACCCGUUCGCACAGUGGGCUUGGCUUGGAUAUCCGCGGAUCGAUGAUGGUGUUCUUGCCUGGAUUGCAAUGGGUGUCAAUCUCACUGCUCCUGUGAAACAGCCUCCGGACCGGAAGCGCAGCUUCCUCAACGAUCACCUUGAGCACUAG